AUGGAUCUUAACGAAGCUGUUUCCAAAAAACCAGUGAAUCUUGAAGAAGCCUUAAGAAAAUGUGGAUUCGGAAUGUUUAAUUACAUUUUCAUUUCGCUUGCUGGUGGUUUAAUGGCGUGUGCUUUUCUAGAAUUGACUUCAAUUAAUUUUGUUUUGUCUAUUGCACAAUGUGAUUUAAAUAUGUCAACAAGGGAAAAAGGUUUCUUGAGUGCAAUCGGAUAUGUUGGAGUGAUUUUGUCGUCGCAUCUUUGGGGAUUUCUUGCAGAUACAAAAGGAAGACGAGCUACUCUCAUUCCAUCAUUGAUUAUAGCAUUUAUAAGUACUUUCAUGUCGAGCUUAGCUAACAAUUUCUGGUUGUUAUUAUUCCUUCGUUUUGCAAAUGGAUUUUUCAUUUCAUGCGCAUCGUCAACAACUUUUGCUUAUUUGGGAGAAUUUCAUGACAACAAUAAACGAGCUAAAGUUCUCAUGAUUGCUUCGAUUAUCUAUUCAAUAUUUAAUGUUUUACUUCCUACAUUUGCUAUUGUAACUUUGAAUCAAGAUUGGAGUUUCUAUGUGCCUUUAAUUGCUGUCACUUACAAACCAUGGAGACUUUUUCUGUUAAUUUGUGGUCUUCCAAGCUUACUUUGUGCUUUAGUUAUGAUCGUUUUAAUUCCUGAGUCACCAAAGUUCGCGUAUUCACAAGGAGAUGAACCUGAAACUUUAAAGAUUUUAAGACGAAUUUAUCGAUUGAAUUACAGAAAGUCAAUUUUACUCUAUGAAGUGAAAAGUAUUGUCAAGGAUGACGAGUUUAAUAGUCGAGUUCAAGCAAGGCCAAAGGGAUUCUUAAACUUCAUGUGGUCACAAUCUUUACCUUUUCUUAAAGGUCAUCAUUUGCGUAACAUUAUGACAGCCUCGUUUAUUCAAUUCUCCGUUUGCAAUGCAGCCAACGGUUUUUGGACAUUUUUCCCCGAAUUUAUGAAUAACAUCAGCACUUGGAAAGAAUCUUCUCGUGACUCAGCAACAAUUUGUGAAAUUUAUAACACUUUGUCCGUGCAUAACAAUCAAACUGAAAACGUGUUGAAGUGUAAACAAAAUCACGAACUUAGUACUUAUGCACACAUAUAUGAAGUUGUCAUUAUUUAUGGGAUCUGUUAUCUUAUCAUGUCUUUGUUAAUUAAUUGGACGGGGAAGCUUUAUUUGAUUAUUGCUAUUGUUUUACCUGCUGGUAUUUCUGCAUUACUUCUAAUCUUCAUAAAAGUUCCGACCUUCUCCACGUAUUUAUAUCUUGUAUUGUUAUUGUCGGGUCUGACAAUAAGUGUUGUCAAUGCAUCAACAGUUGAACUGUUUCCAACUAAAAUGAGAGCAAUGGCAGUUUCUAUUUCUAUGAUGAUGGGAAGAUUGGGAAGCACGACAGGUUCAAUGGUCAUAGGACUUGUUAUAGACAAACAUUGCAGUAAAACUUUUCUUAUGCCAAUGUUUUUACUCAUCAUAAGCUGCUUGUUAGCUUUUACCAUUCCAAAUAUCAACAAAAGACGAAAUUAAUUAAAUAAAAUUGAAUUCAAC